GUUGGUUAGAGAGCGAACAGCUCCAUAGGUACGUUGUAACAACCUAAGCAGGGGUACAAAGGCAGAAAACAAAUUACCUCGCAAAAGGAUAUUGACAAAACAAACGAAAACGUGUCCAUUUUCAUUUCGGUGGUUGGAUUUCCCGGUAAUAUUUAUAUCGGGCUCUGGACACGUCUACUUGUGUUUCGUUGUGCCCCAUCUGUUCGGCGUUUUGCGGGGCGGUCAGUAAAAAACACUUCCUCAUUUUCUUAUGUGACUGAUAAACCUUCAGUUUAGAAGCAGGAUGUGAAUCGCCGUCUAUGGUACACGCCCUGUUCGAGGAAAACGAAACUGAUCUCCGUCGCUGUGUUGAACAGUCUUCCGUUUAUCGGUGAUUGCAGCAAAAUGGCAGAAAGUAUCGCAGAGGAACAGGACCAGGUCAGCUGCCCAGUGUGUCUGGAUCUACUGAAGGAUCCGGUGACUAUUCCCUGCGGACACAGUUACUGUAUGGACUGUAUUAAGGGCUGCUGGGAUCAGGAUGAUCAAACUGGUGUCUACAGCUGUCCCCAGUGCAGGCAGACCUUCACUCCAAGGCCGGUUCUGGGCAGAAACACCGUGCUGGCUGAAGUGGUGGAGAAGCUGAAGAAGACAGGACUCCAAGCUGCUCCUCCUGCUCACUCUGUUCCUCUUGCUCACUGUUACGCUGGACCUGGAGACGUGGCGUGUGAUGUCUGCACUGGGAAAAAGCGCAAAGCCGUCAAGUCUUGUCUGCAGUGCUUGGCUUCUUACUGUGAAACUGAUCUAAUCCUUCAUGAUAAACUCAAUCAAGGGAAAUCUCACAAAAUGAUUGAGGUCACAGAAAAACUACAGGAGAAGAUCUGCUCUCAUCAUGCUAAGCUGCUGGAGGCUUACUGUCCAACAAAUAAGAAGUGUAUCUGUCUGCUGUGUGCGAUGGAUGAACACAGAGGCAAUGAGACAGUCUCAGCUGCAGCAGAAAUGACUGAGAAACAGGACCCAACACAUAAAAUCACAUUCACUCCAGAAAUAGACCACAGUAAAGGCAAGAUUACAUACAGAUACCAUAGCGCUCAUGCAGUUCACUUCCAGUGUAGUGUAACUGGCCUGGUGUUUGUGAUGGAGAUGGUGGUGGAAGUGCAGUACAGCACAGCCCUCUGGGAUAGCAACCUCCUGACACCCACUGGCCAGCAGCCUGCGGGGCCUCUGUUCAACAUCACCUGCCCCCAGGGGUCAAUGCGUGAGCUGCACCUCCCUCACUGUGAGGUGCUGUCCGGGAAGAGGUGUGACUUUUUGUCAGUGGCCCAUGUUGUUGGAGACAGUAUAGAGGUGCUGCAGCCCCUCGAGGUGACAGAUACUCAUGUGAAGGUCAAAAUCAGCAGCUUCUCCCUCUUUGGCCUCAUCAAGAGCCCCAGCCACUCUUCUAUCAAAGGGCAGGUGCUGCUGUUCCUCCGGCAACCAGGUGGCGACAUUCUGAACGUGCUGCUGCUGCCCAGGAAUAUUCCAAUCAGUGAGGUAGAGCCACAGCAGAGAGGAGGUCUGCACAUCCAGGUCAGCUCCAACUGCACUCUCACCCCUGACAGAACAUACAAGCUGUCCUGUGAUAACCAUAGGACACAGCCAAAGGAUGCCCCCUUUGACUGCGAGUACAGCCCAAACUACCACCCAACCUUUGAGGUGUUUCUGGACAUGCCAGUUUGGGAGAUGAACCUGAGACUGCUGGAGUGGGGUUUUUGGUGGUCAGAGGUGUGGGCACGUUUGAUUAGACUGCCAGCUCCACCAGCCCCGCCUCUCCCUGCUGAUUCGUUUAUCGACCAGCAUAUGGAUGAGCUCAUUCAGAGGGUGACUCAGGUGGAGCCCAUAGCUGACACCCUGCUCUCAAAGGGCCUCAUCCAGGAAGAAGCGUACUCCAAAAUCCGCGCUGCACAGCCCAGACAGGGGAAGAUGAGAGAGCUCUUAAAUUUCGUGCGGGCAGGAGCACCAGAAUUAAAGUCUACCUUCUACACUUUACUCAAAGAGAAGGAAUCUUAUCUGGUCAAACACCUGGGUAAGACAGACUGCUGUUCUCUUAGUCCCUGCUCUACCAACAGAGCAUUCUUAAACCUCACUGCAGACACUGCAGCACAUGAGUGCAGUAAAAUGGCUGCCAGUAUCUCAGUGGAGCAGGACCAGUUUAGCUGUUCAAUCUGUCUGGAUCUGCUGAAGGAUCCGGUGGCUAUUCCCUGUGGACACAGUUACUGUAUGGAUUGUAUUAAGGGCUGCUGGGAUCAGGAUGAUCAAACUGGUGUCUACAGCUGUCCCCAGUGCAGGCAAACCUUUGCCCCAAGGCCUGUUCUGGGCAGAAACACCAUACUGGCUGAAGUGGUGGAGAAGCUGAAGAAGACAGGACUCCAAGCUGCUCCUCCUGCUCACUGUUACGCUGGACCUGGAGACGUGGCGUGUGAUGUCUGCACCGAGAGAAAGCGCAAAGCCGUCAAGUUCUGUCUUGUCUGUUUGGCCUCUUACUGUGAAACUGAUCUAAUGCUUCACGAUAAAGUCAGCAGAGGAAAGGUACAUAAACUGGUUGAUGCCACAGGAAAACUGCAAGACAAAAUUUGUCCUCGUCAUGACAAACUGCUGGAGAUUUACUGCCGCACUGAUCAGCGGUGUAUCUGUUAUCUGUGUACAAUGGAUGAACACAGAGGCCAUGAUACAGUCUCAGCUGCAGCAGAAAGGACUGAGAAACAGAAACACCUGGGGGCGACACAAAAGGAAUCCCAGCAGAAGAUCCAGGAGAGAGAGAAGGAGCUGCAGGAUCUGAGACAGGCUGUGGAGUCGCUCACGCGCUCUGCACAGGCAGCAGUGGAGGACAGUGAGAGGAUCUUUACUGAGCUGGUCCGCUCCAUUGAGAGAAGGCGCUCUGAGGUGAAAGAGCUGAUCAGAGAUCAGGAGAAGGCUGCAGUGAGUCAGGCUGAAGGAGUCAUUAAGCGACUGGAGCUGGAGAUUGCUGAGCUGAGGAGGAGAGACGCUGAGCUGGAGCAGCUUUCACACACAGAGGAUCACAUCCAUUUCCUCCAGAACUUUCAGUCUCUCUGUGUCCCUGCUGGAUGUGGAGACUUUCCCAGCAUCGCUAUCAGUCCAAACGUCUCUUUUGAGUUUAUGAAGAAAUCUUUCAGUGAACUGAAAGACGCAGUGGAGGAGACUUGCAAGCAGGCAUCGCUGCUGAUAUCUCAAAAAGUGAAAGUGGUCCAUAUCGUACAGCCUCCAGAGCCCAGUACCAGAGCAGACUUCCUAAAAUAUUCCUGUGAGCUUACACUGGAUCCAAACACAGCACAUAGACUUCUCCACCUGUCCGAGGGGCACAGAAAGGUGGUAUAUGGUGCAAAGGACCAGCCAUACCCUGAUCUUCCGGAAAGAUUUGACCUCAGGGCCCAGGUGCUGUGCAGAGAGGGUCUGGCUGAGCGCUGUUACUGGGAGGCUGAAUGGAGUGGGGGUGACUGGGUUUGCAUUGCGCUCUCAUAUAAAGGGAUCAGCAGGAAAGGAAGUGGUAAUGACUGUCACUUUGGGCGCAAUGAGAAGUCCUGGAGGUUGUUCUGCUCUGCCUCCAGUUGCUCUUUCUGGCACAAUAAUAAGAAAACUGAAAUCCCCGUCCCCUCCUCCUCCAGAGUAGGAGUGUACCUGGAUCACAGGGCAGGAACUCUGUCCUUCUACAGCGUCUCUGACACAAUGACCCUCCUCCACAGAGUCCAGACCACAUUCACUCAGCCCCUCUAUCCUGGGUUUCUUCUCAGCUCAAAAUCAUCGGUAAAACUGCGUCUUCUGUGAUAAAAAAUACAGAUCAGCUGAGUAAACUAAUGGAGGAAGCAUCUUAAAACAAUAAAACAGAAACAUAAUAAUUACAAAUACAAACCUUUCUGAAACUGUUCAAAUUUGAAACCUACGUAAUUACAAAAUGCUAAAGCUGUUGAAUUUGAUGUACGUUCUGUGUACAGUUCUAAGCGAUAGUUUUAACAGUGAAGCGUCUCCCACACCUUGUGAUCCCACCUGAUCAUAUGGUUCCAUGAACACCUAGAGGACUGGCCCUGUGGAGGUUGUGUUAUGGCCUGCAGAGAGGAUGGACUUUCCUCCAUACCGUUAUCAAAUGCAUGUGACAUCCGCUUCAUCACAGACUUUGUUCCAGUGCAGAGAAGCACACCGACUGACACUAUUAUCAAACUAUUAUCCAUUUGUGAA